AUGUUGAGCACCUCCAGAUUGGUGAAACUGGGUGCGUUGGGCGGACUUGAUCCCACAACAUCCCACUCUACAUACAGUUCUUAUUCUGCAUCCAUUUCUCUUCCUAGCGAGGCCAACAAGGCCUGGUUUGCCUUAAUUUGUUCCAUGUUUUGGCUCUGUCGUUGUUCGGGUCGCGUAGCGAAUACCGCAACAGCUUCGGUCAUACUUGUUUGGUCUCGUGUCAGCGUGUGUAGUGUUUGUUCUAGCGCUUCUAGAUUUGACAAGACCAGCCGAAGUCGAUCUAUCUCGUCGGCGUCAAGUGGGCAAGUGUCUCCCGCUUCUUCGAAUACACUUCCGACGUCGCUCAUCUUGUUGCCUUCUACUUCAAGGUCUACUAUGUUGCAAAUAUGGUAG